CUUCCCCUCCCCGCCCCCCACCUUUGCUGCCCCCAACUUCCUCGGCCUUGGGCGGGUCGGCCCCUCCGCGUCUCCUUUCGGGUUGUCGGGGGGCCGUCGUCGGCCGGUGGGCACCCCGCUGGGCGCACCGACCACCCCACCGCACGAUGGGCAGCCAGGGCUCCAAGGCGCCCCGGGGCGACGUGAGCGCCGAGGAAGCGGGAGAGGCGGCGGCGGGGACUCCUUCCAAAGCCAACGGCCAGGAGAACGGUCACGUGAAGAUCAACGGGGACCUGCCCCCCAAGGGGGAAGCGGAGGCCGCCGCCGCCCCCCUGAACGGAAACGGUGCCGCCGAAGGGGCCAAGGGCGAAGGCGGCGGGGACGCCAUUGAGCCGGCCCCGCCGGCCGAAGGCGGCGAGGCCAAGCCCGAGGGGCCCGCCAAGGAGACCCCCAAGAAGAAGAAGAAAUUCAGCUUCAAGAAGCCAUUCAAGCUGAGCGGCCUGUCUUUCAAAAGGAACCGGAAGGAGGCCGCCGGGGACUCGACCGGCUCCUCUCCCACCGAGGAGCAGGGCGAGGCGGAGGCCAAAGGCGGCGAGGCCGCGCCCGGCGAGGGGGAGCCCAACCGGGCCGUCGAGGCGGAGGAGAAAGCGGGGGCCGCCGAGGGGCCGGAGGCCGAGGCCGAGCGAGAGGAGGUCGGGGAGGCCGAGGGGGAAGAGAAAAAGCAGCAGCAGCAGGAGGAGGCCGCCGAGCCCGAGGAGCCCUCCAAGAGCGCAGAGUCCGAGCCCAGCACGACGCCCGCAGCCGCCGAGCAGAAGGAGUGAAAGCGCCCUCCGCUCGGCCAUACCGAAAGACUCCGUGGGCCGCUCCCGGCCGGCCCCGACGUGGACUCGCUGUCCCAGCCGCUCUCCCGUGUUCAGAGUAGUCCAGGCAGGAAAACGUGGGCUCGUCCUGUUUCUCCGCCCCUCCCGUCCCCACCACUGUCCCUCACUCUUCCCUCUUAAACCGUCCACCUCAAGACUGAACUGUGUCUCUCCCCCCCCACCAACCCUCAGCCCCCAGCCCCUUGCUCUCUCUCUCUUUCCCUCCCCCCCCCAGUAGUUUCCCGAAUUCUUACAAUAGUGGAGGAAGAUGUGAUUCUGGACCCGGACUGUAGUUCUCAAAGCAUUUCUUUGCGCUCAGUUGCGCGUGGACAUUCCGGUGUCUCUGUUGGCUCACCCACCGCUGGUUCGCUACUAAUUCUCCCAAUCAGGUUUUUCUUUGUGUUUCUCUCGAGACUUUGAGAGCAGUUGGAUGUGAUAGGGUCUUUUUUUUUUUUUUUUCCCCAUCCCUCUCUUUCUCCCCAUCCUGACCCACUGUUUCAUUUUAAGUAUUUGUGCUUUUAAGAAAACUGACUUUUUUCCUUCUCCUCCAAGCUAAUCGGGUUAGGUUUUUAUAAAUGUCUUGGCGAAUGGUUUUAAAACUCCAGCUUGUAAGUCAACCGUGUGUCCAUUUGACUCUAACACAUCUCUUUGGGCUUUCCCCCCAGCGGGUGGGGAGGGGGGAGCAGCAUAAUGUGAAACGACUCCGUUUUGUCUCAUUUUCUCAUUGUAAAUAAUUUUUUAAUGGCCAAAUGUUUGAUUUGCGAUUUUCUAACACCACGUGUCUGGGUUUUAUUGUAACAUUUGGAGAGGAAUAAAUGGCGAUCCCUCUGUA